AUGGCCACCGAGGUCCCAGCUGAGAAAUUUGGGAAAUGUCAGUGUGGGACACGCCAGGCUAAGAGCAUCCUGUUCCAGAUCCUUAACAAAGAAGACAGAAGCGAGGCCCAGUGGUCCCAGCAGUACCAGGGUCCCCGUCGCUCCACAGGAAGCCAGGGCUGCUCUUGCGUCGACAGGAGAAGAGUUGUUCUGAAAACACCAGAAGCCACGUGCAGAAGAGCCUCCGAAGUCCUCUUGAAGACUUUAACUUUCAUUAGAAACUUGCCUUCUUUUUCUCACUUGCCUUGGGAGGAUCAGCUUGUCCUCAUACAGCAGAACUGGGCCCCUCUUUUUGUCCUGGGCAUGGCACAAGAAGGGGUGGAUUUUGACCUGAGAGAGAUUUCAGCCCCUAGUUUGUUGAAAAAAAUCCUCCUCAAUCAGUCUUUGACAGCCAGCAAUGAACUGGGCACCUCCUCACUGGGAGCAUCUUUAGCAGAAGUUCAGAAGAUGAAGAAUUUAUUGUGGAAAUUCUGGGACCUGGACAUAAGUGCAAAGGAAUAUGCCUAUCUUAAAGGAAUUAUUCUUUUUAAUUCUGAGAUUCAGGGGAUGACUUUUCCAUACUACGUACAAACACUGCAGCAGGAAGCUCAGCGAGCCCUGAUAGAAUUUAUCUCAACGAUGUUCAACAGAAACCUUGGCAGGUUUGCUUGGAUUCUUCAGCUUAUCGCCUCUCUUCAAGACAUUGAUCAAGAUGCUAUUGAAGAGCUCUUCUUCAGGCCCAUCCUAGGAGAGGCCACCCUAAAUGACUGACUUCUAGAAACCCUCUAUAUCAAGCCAUCUGGCUUUGAAAAGAGAUGA